AUGUCUCUGCUUACUGAGGACAUGAAGGACAUGAAGGACAUGAAGGACAUGAAGGACAUGAAGGACAUGAAGGAAGCGACGGUGCUGCGCUUCCUGACCUGCAAAACAGAGGAAUUUGAUUUAGAUUUGGAUGGAGAGAAGGCGCCUAUUUGCUAUCAGGAGAUCACUACUGCUCUCAGGCAGUGGAUUCUUCCUACAUUUGAGAAGAGGAUGAGGACGUUAAUCCACAAGCCGCUGUGUGCUCUCCGUGACCUCCUGGUGGGCCCGAGGAACCUGAUCAGGAAAAGGCUGGACAAGCUGCUCGACUACGAAGUGAUAGAAGCCAAAUCCAAUCUGAGCUACGAGGAGCAGGAUGUGGCCAACACGUACAGGACAAUGAACACGUUGCUUCUCAAUGAGCUUCCUCAGUUCAAUGGUUUGGCUCUGCAGAUGAUCUGGAGCAUGUUGGGCACGUUCAGCUGUCUGCACAAAGACCUCGCCUCAGACAUGGAGCAGCUGUUCCAGAGCUUUGCACAACAGCUCCCUCAGAGCUCUCUCAACCCCAGUGCAUUCUGGGAGUGGGCAGAGUCUGCAGUGCUUGAAGGAGCGAGGAGGAUGGAGACUCUGUGUCGAAGUGUAGAGGACACGCUCAAUGCACCGUUCGUCCAGCCUCUGAGUCCGUCCUCUCAGCGGCGCCUGAAGCAGCUCACAGAUAAACACGGUUCUGGAAAGAUCUACCAAGUGAUGGUGACGGUGGUGGGCAGCCGGGACCUGGACCUGAACCUGGCCAGAGGCGAGCUGGUGGCCAUCAUCAGUGAGGCAGACACCCGCGGAGACAAACGAAGAUGGCUGGUCGACGCAGGAGGCAGGCGAGGGUACGCUCCUUCCUCGAAGCUGAUUCGUUAUCACCAGCCAACAGAGGACCCGCCCCCUUCGCCACACCUGACCCUUCCUGAUGGCGUGACGGGAAUCAGAAGACACUCCUACACCCCAGAGAGCCGAACACUGACAGUCAUGAGCCAGCCGUGCUUCCAGGUGUUGGCAGCAUAUGACUUCACAGCGAGAGGAAACCAUGAGGUUUCGAUGCGGUCCGGCGAGCCGGUUCGUGUCCUGGAGGCCCACGACAAACGAGGGAAUCCUGAAUGGAGUCUGGUGCAGGCGAGCGGUGGGAGCAGAGGCUACGUGCCCUCCAACUACCUCACUAUCAUGCCUAUGGGGACUGGGCCAGCUGGCACACACAAGCCCUACUGCUAAGAGGGAAGGAGGGAGAGGGAAAACAGCAGCACGCCUUUUUGUUAAUCGUUGAUAGGCAACCAGUGAAUCCCCUGUGCCUCGCCUCUGCAUCCCUCUAACAGCACAGCGUAGAAGGGAUGUUAGCUAACCGCUAUUCUGUUGCGGUAAAUCUUAACGUGAGAAAGUAGUGUCUGUGUCUUCAGAUAUGUCUUGCAGCUUGCCUCGGGCGACUCUGAAAGUGAGCUACGGUUAUCUUAACACCGACCACUUGUUGCCGUCCCCCCCCCACAGAAGGCCCGCUUCUCAAUUUGGACGAUGGGGAGAAACGGUAUCGACGGGUUGCUCCUGCAAACAUUGUGAGACGUGCAGAGCGGAAAAAACAACGAGCAAAACGCUUCACUCAUCAAAAAGGAUUUAAACAAGCCGCCCCCGGCUGCUGUACAGCUCUCUGGCUGAGCGCCACCUUCAGCAGUAUUAUUUUAUUCUAUUAUUUGAGGUGCACGUGCUUCUCGAGCAGUAGCAUGUUGUGACCAAAGUGCUUUUAAAUGAGACGUUAGAGCCAGUAAGUACCCGUUUAAAGGACUUGUGGUACACCAACUUCUUUUGCAAAAUUCCAAGGAAGUAAAAGUAAAAGUCUUUACAGCGUUCAACGCGCUCUAUCCUGAGACUCUGAUUGGAUAAGUAAUGUCGUAACCUUUUACAAGAAAGAGCUUAUUGACUUUCUCUUUCUGCAAUAACAUUUUUACCUCCACACCAAAAAUAUAUCUCUUGCUCUCCAAAGUGGAGUCUCACAAAAUGAUCCGACUAAUGUCGUCGAAAUGUAGCAAGACAUCAGAAACGACCUGACGGUGAGAAGUGUGCUGCUUCAGUGGACGAGGUAAACCUGUCACACAAUCAGUCACACAAUCUGAACAGCGAGGAUAACUUUCGAUAGACAGUGUUUUUAAGAUGUCUCUGCUUUACUGAGGACAUGAAGGACAUGAAGGACAUGAAGGACAUGAAGGAAGCGACGGUGCUGGUAGUUGUGUUGCGUCUUGCUCAUGAGCAUCUUCAGGCUGAAGGACGAUCUUCAAGUUGCACUGCACAUCUGUUAUGGUCAUUGUUACAAAGCACCAGAGAUGAUGGGGAGGGUAGCUUUUGAAGGAGCGUGGGGGUCAGCGGACCUCUACGAGAAGAGGUAUCCCAGAAUCCUCAGCGCGACAAAAUGACAGUUGAAAACGAAAGACUGCCUGUUAGCAUCCGUGUGUUAGCGAGCUAACUGCAACGCUUGGACACACAGAGAGCAAACUGUGUGUGUGCUUGAUAUGAAGGUGUGUGUGUGUGUGUGUGUGUGUGUGUGUGUGUGUGUGUGUGUGUGUGUGUGUGUGUGUGUGUGUGUGUGUGUGUGUGUGUGUGUGUGUGUGUGUGUGUGUGUGUGUGUGUGUGUGGGGUCUCCUCACCUGGAGGCAGGAGUGUAUUGAGACUGACAGGUACACAGCGCUCUCAUCAUGUCAGACUGUGUAAUGAGAUGUAAAUGUGAAAUGUCUCCAG